UAUACUUGUGAUCCCCCUCCACUUUUCACAAUUUCACCCACUAAAAUCAGAACUAUUGUAGAAAAAUUCCUGCUUUGCUUUUCUGCCCUUUUGGUUUUAUCUCUGUCUUGGCCUUCUUGCCGCUGCUGAGUAAAUUUGACGGCUCCAUCUUCACUCAUUGUUCAAAGGGCUUUUUUGGCACUCUGAAACGACAAUGCUUAAUUUGGGUCGGAAAGCAACGAAGCGGCUGCUAGCGUCUAGAAUAAAUUUCAGCACAGCCAAACAACCCAUUCCCUACUCGUAUGUCCGUCUUCCCUUGGUGAUGACUCCAGACAUGAUCGAUGCGAAGAAACGUCAAUCACUGCGGGAUAAAAUUCACUCAGAGAUGGAAUUUGAUAAUUCGAACAACCCAAUUUUUCCUCCUAAAGUGGUUGAUCGCAUAAUGAGCAAUGAUCUCCAUGUGUUGAAGGGUUUGUUGAACGAUUUCAGGAGGUUGAGCCGGGGUGUUAGAAGGGGUAAGGAUGAUGUGAAGUUGAAUCUUGAGGAGUUGAAUGCGGAGGAUGUUGAUGUAGUUCGUAUGGCUCGUCGCGUAAUUCAUAUGUACAACCAGCACAAUCACAGGAACCUUGAAUUACGGAGGGUGGCUCAUGUGCUGCCUGAGCCCCAUCCCCUGUACAGCAAUAUGUUGGUCGAAGCUCGUGACCCACUUGCUCAUGGUGCGCGCAUCAAAGUCCAAGCCUCAUGUUCCAUCCCCUUGAAUGAGAUCUGCAACUUUUACGCUCCCAAACCAGUCCCGUUUAUGAAGGUGAAUUGCAAAGAUAAAAAGGAGGCUAAAAGGAGAAGGGACCUCAAGGAUGUGUCUAAAACUGACUGUGAGGCCCUCCUCUUUGCCAAUCUCAAGAAUUGUCCUAUAAUGGACAAACGGUUGGGUCUUAACAAAGACAUCAUCAAACGGAACUCUUUGACUCGUGGCAAGGUUAUUAGGCUUGUCAACGAUGAUGCUGCCAUACUUGCGAAAUUUGCUGUUCAGGAGCAGAAUAAUAUUGGAAAUCAGCGAGUACGCCUUCGAUUUGCGAGGGUCGUUGGAGGAGCUUGGGAGGAGUCGAUAUCCAAGAAUGUUAUCCUUUACCAUGUUCUACUGGUAGCAUCAGAGGGUGGGGUUGAGACAAAAUUCUACGCUGCAAUCAUUAGGAAUGUCGGGAAAAGUUAUUGUGGCCAGCCUUACCAAUGCAUCGAGUGGGUUCUUGCUUCUUCUAGAAAGACCAUGCCUUUACCGUGUUGAGUUACAAAUGUACUUAAGUUUCGACUUCAUGGAAGACAUGGAUGACGAAGAGAAGUACGACCUCGAGAUCCUUGAUUGGUGGAAAACACAAAGCACGAAACAUCCAAUAUGGACGACAAUGGCUCGUGAUGUUUUUGCUAUCCAAGUCUCCUUUGUUGCUUUCGAAAGAGCUUUUAAUGCGUCAGGAAGGAUUUUAGACGAUAUAAGAACAAGACUAAAACCCGAAACACUUGAAAUGUGUGUUUGUUUCAAGGAUUGGUUGGAUGCCGAAAUUCGCUGCCAAAAGCGUACUUAUGCACAAAACGACGACGAUGAAGGAACGUAGGGUUCUACUAGCUCUCAAUCAAUUCAAUUGGCCGUUGAAGUUGAACAAGAAGAAGAAGAAGACGAAGACGAAGAAGAACAAGAAGAAUAAUUAGAUCAUUACAGACUAUUAAUUAUAGCUAAUUUUUGUAUUAUUGAACCCCGUAUAAUAGAAUAAGUUAUAAAGUUAAGUUAUUCAUAAA